AAGGCAGCGGGGCAGGCAGGGAGGUGGCAGGGGCGCAGUGCAGUGGGCUGUGUGUGGCCUGAAUCCCUCACAGCAGCACCUGGGUCUGGCUGUGGGCACAGUGAUGCGGAGACACCCUCUUCACUCAGACCCUCCCUUACCCCUAUGGAGGGCCUCCUACCCCUGAAGGCUAUACUGCCGGCGAGAAGUUCGACUCUCACACCAGCCGCUGCUUGUGAGUACACACAGGUUUCCGCACUCGGUAUCACUGGGAGGUGUGAUUAGAGAAACCGCACUUCACUGGAGAGCUGGGCAAAGUCACAAUGAAGACCAGAAUUGAAUAAAACUCAGAUGAGUUAAUAGCAUCAUCCUUGGCUCUACCUUUGAGUAUGGGCGCUGAGCCCUGGACCUUGAGUGGUGGAUCCUAUUCAAUGCAUCUAUGGUUGUUCUUUACCCUGACCUUGCUGUUGCUCAUCCUGCUACUGAUCUCCUGUGGAAGCUGCAUGAGGGAGGCAGCUCAAUUCUCGGCACAGCGUAACGACCCAGAGACUAAAGAUGAUACUCAGCUCAUAAGCAUUAGCCAAAUGGAUGAUUCUAUAUUUCCAAAGAGCAUCUCCACAGCAACAAUUCGAGAAGGUCGCCCUGGAUCGCGUAAAGUAAGCUGGCAAAAUGAUGUGGAAAUGCCUGGCACACAAGAUGAUAACGAGUCUCCGUGUCAACACAGUAGAGCACUGCCUGAGCUUCCCACUGCCUUGGCCAGUAACAUGAAUCCUAAUGGUAAAGGUGACCCUGUCUACCAGACAGCAAGGGAGCUGUCUGCUGCAGAGUGCCCAGAGCUUGCAGAAGACUCCAUCGAACCUUCAUACGCAGCUAGUGAGCAGUUUAGCCUCGAAGCACAGAGGACAGAGUUUGUCAUUGAGGAUGACAUUGCCAAAGAGGAUGGGGAAGGACAAUGGGAGAGAGUGGCACCUGUAUAUGCACGGGUCAGCAAAAAGCCAAAGAACACACCAUUGCUGCCACUUCCCAGCCCUUCAUUAGCCCGUGGGAAUGUGGAAUGUGACGAGGAACCACCGCCACUACCUGAGAAACAUUUUGACGAUGAUGAUGAUUUUGGGGUCAGUGUGGUCUCUGAGCAGACAUUGCUGGAGAGAGCACUUCAGGAAGACCCCAGGGCAGCUAUGCUUCCUGCUGAGUCCUGUGUCACUGAUGGGGACGUGGCCACAAAGAAUGGUCUGACUGUGGGUUAGCAGCACCAAUAUCUCUGAGACACUACUCUGCUUCUAACUGGAUGGGAUUUACCUAAACAAACUAAACCAAAAUGAAUAUUCCCAAAAGGAAUGCAGGGAAACCAUUAAAAACAAAAACUCAGCAGGUCUGACAGCAUCUGUGAAGAGAGAAACAGAGCUAACUUUUUGAGUCCAGUGACUUUUCUUCACAACGAUGUGGGAUAGAGGGGCCUUGUGUCUCCUGCUCCCUAUACACUACACAAUGAACACAGUGUGGAAGUUCAGAGACACUGUAGCUCGGGCUCUAUGUGGGAAAAGUACUGAAGGAGUGAUAUUAAAAUUUCAUUUCUUGCAUUUGAACAGGAGGGCUAGAGCUCUGAUAGCCUCUUAGUGCGGGUACUGGAAGUGAGGUGCCACCAUUUUAAUAACAGAAUUUUCUGCGUAGUUUUCUCUGUGACAUUUUAGAUUUCUUGAAUAUUAUAACACCAAGAGUGCCCACUUGUUGAUUCAAUUUCUUUGAUGAAUAUUAGUUGAAUUUAUUCUCGGAAUGGGGGCAUUACUCACAUGUAUUUCACUUACAUCAUUUCGCCAGGUAGUGAUGCUGUACAAGAAUGUCCUGUUUGGUGGUUUCAGAAGGUAGGUAAGAGUUACACAGCAGUUCCUGCUGGGGAAGGGCAGCAGCUUGAUUUUGGAGGCAGUCCGCAGAAGGUUCAUUGGGAAGGAUGUCUUAUGGGCAAAGAUUAAACAGGCUGAAAAUUGCUCAUUGGAGUUUAGAAGAAUGAGAGAUGAUCUCAUUGAACGAUAUAGAGUUCUUAAGGGGUUUGACAGGGUAAAUGCUGAGAGGAUGUUUCCCUCAUGGGAGUCUAGGACCAGAUGGCAUUGUGUCAUAAUAAAGGGGCACCUAUUUAAGACUAAGAUGAGGAGGAGUUUCUUCUCUCAGAGGGUUGUGAGUCUUUGGAACUCCUUGCCACAGAGAGCUAUGGGGCAGAGUGUCAUACAACAUGGAAACAGACCCUUUGGUCCAAUUCUUCCGUGCCGACCAAGUUUCCCAAACUAAACUGGUCCCACUGGCUUGUAUUUGGCCCAAAUCCCUUUAAACUGUUCCUAUUUAAUGUGUUUUAAAUGCAGUAACUGUACAUGCACCCACCAUUUUCUUCUGGAAGUUUGUUCCACUCAUAAACUACCCCGAUUCCAAAAUAACU